UUUUUCCAAAAUGGCUAUAAAUGCGCAUCACUGCUUUGUGCCCAGUCUGCAAUCCCGUGAACUGGGAAUCCUUUCGUCGAGGAAUUUCACAAGAAAUACUUCUGGUUCUUGCGGACUUGUAAAACGAAUGACUUUACACAAUAAACUGGAACACCAUGACGGAUGUGUGAAUACUCUUCAUUUCAACACGACGGGAGAGCUUCUCGCUUCUGGAAGUGAUGAUCUAGAUAUUGUUAUAUGGGACUGGGCGAAAGGAAAGAAAAAACUUGCCUAUGAAAGUGGCCACUCGAGCAAUGUUUUUCAGGUAAUAAAAAGAACUCAUAAAGGAAACAUAAUAUGCAAAGGAUAAGAUCAAUGAAUACAGUCAUUUAACAUUAACACGUCUAUGACUGUCCUGAACAAGGUUAUCACUCAAAAAGAUGUUUGUUAUUUGAUUUUCUUACUAUUUUUUGCAGGCAAAGUUUAUGCCAUAUACUGGUGAUAAUACAAUAGUGAGUUGUGCUAGAGAUGGAAAGGUAUCAGAAAAUUAGUUUAUUUAUUAGUUCUGUUUAAUACUUGUUUAUCAUGUAACCCAGUCAAUCAGCUGAUCAAAAGCAUUCAUCGUUCUAGUUUAUCUCGCACUCUCCAUUGGAAGAAUGUUAAUUUGUUUACUGUUGGCCUCAUUAAACAAUGUAAGCUUGGAAUGAGGAAACAAAAAUAGUUAAAACUAACAAGUAUGUCUCCUCAUGGGCCCAAAAAAUCUAUAUACUGAGCAUCAAACACAGUUUGCCUUGCUACUUUAAUUUGCAUGCUCUUGAAUGGAUUCAUUUGUUUAUGUGUUUGAUGUUACACAACAUCAUGAGAUAUUUUAUUACGGGUGAGAAAGAUGAAAUGUUUAUCGUGUAGCAGAAUCCUUCCUGCCUCACAAACCAGCUUCAGCUUCCACCUGAAAAUUACAAUUAAAUUUUAUUAUAACAAUAAUAUUAUUUUUUAAGGUUCAACUUAAGCGAUCUCUGACAGACCUUCCCACCCACAGGAAGAGAAAAUCUAGAGAUUUUGAAAAUAAAUGAACCGAAAAAGUGGAGAUUCGUAUAAUAGGCCUUUUGCAUUUGUUAAUCAUGUGAUCAACUUUCGGUGAACACGAAAACAGUUCGCUUUUGAAAAAUUUUGCUAGCACAAGCUGAAAGAGCGCAUUAAAAUUAGGUAACCUGUACAUUUUCAACCGUAUAUCUCAAAAGUAGCAAUUGCAACGGCCGCCUAAAAUUAAAAGGUUUUGUAUGAGAUAAACAACUCUUGCCACUCAGUCAUGCUUGACAAGGGCGGAUCCAGGAUGUUUUUAAGGAGGGGCUGCACUCGUCUCUUGCUCUACUUCAACACCAAUAAACCACAUAGUUUUUUUUUUUUUUGCAGAAUACCAGUUGUCUUAGAAAACCGCAGGUCAUCUCGGGGAGGGGGGGUGUGCACCCCCUGCUCCCUCCCCCUAGAUCUGCCCCUGCUUGAAUGGUUUUCCAUACAAAUCCUUGUAAAUGCUGAAAUUUUUAAACUGUUGUUAAAUCUUUUCCUUACACAUUUAAGGGCUCAAAUUGCCUGUUAUGAAUUAAAAGAAGAUUUGAGCCCCGUAAUGCUUAUGGAAAUAUUUCAUGAUAGUUUGAAAAUUUCGAAAUUUUCCAGGAUGUGUAUGGAAAACCUAGCAGUCAGUUUCAGAUAUGAGAGAUAACAUAAGUAAAUGAACAUGAAUGAACAUUUACCAUUAUAAAGGCUUUGUUCUAAACUUAACCAACUUACUAGUUCUAAGACUGUAAGGUGUGGCGCGGUGUUUAACCCUUUAAGCCCCAGUAUCCACAUACAAAUUCUCCAAACUGGUCUCUGUUCAUUUCCUUAAAGUAUAAGUUGAGAGAACUUGAUAAAAGAUCUAGAAAUUUUUCCUUUGGUGAUCAUUUUAUAAAUUCUCAUGACUGUAUCUCUUGACAGUGUAUGGAUAUCAUUAGGAGAAAAUUGCUGUUGAUCACUACUGUGACUCAGAGGGUUAACUAGAUUACCUACUGUAUAUGUUACAGGUCAAAUUUGAUCUCAGGUUGAUUUCUCAGUUUCCUUUUUCCUCUAGCCAUAGCAGACAAAGGAAAUCAAGAAUAUCAACCAACGUUAAAAAUUUUUAACCUGAGAAAAAUUUGACCUGUAACAUAUACAACAGUGUCCAUUUUCCUUAAAACAUUUUUAAAAUAUUAUCAAAGAUUGUUCUAUACGUCUACGUUCAAGUGAAUUCACAUCCACGAUCUUAAGAAGAGACUCGUAAUCAGAAUUUUUCCCCAUGUUCAUUAUUGUUCAUAACUCGUAAAUGAAUAGCAUCUCAUAAUUUCUUUUUGAGUGUCUUGUUUUGUUAUCCGAUAAGUAACGAAUUACAAUAUUCAAAAUGCGACAAUACAAAGCUCUUGUAAAGGAUCAAUAAAGUAUCUGCUGGAACUAAGCACUUAAGGUGUCGAUGUGGCAGUUAUCUUAGUUAGCGUAUGCUUUCUUUAUAUAAGCGAUAUAUUUAUAUGUUGUUUGAAAGAUGAUUAUUGUCCAGGUUCUCAUAAAGAUUAAAAUUUGCCCAUUUUCAACAUCAAUCACCUUUUUUAAAGGUUAGAGUUGGUUUUCUCCAUCCCUCAUCAAGUGAAGGUUGUAAAAACACAAGAUGUCUAGCUCAACAUAAAGGUGCCGCCCAUAAGGUGAGUUCUGGUCAAUAUGCACUGAUAAAUACAUCACACAGACGUUGUUAGGGCUUUGUUUUUAAGGGGGUGCUUCACAUGCAAUUGAAAACAAUUUUCUAUAUUAUUAUUAUUUUUAAUGCAGCUAUGUAUCGAGCCAGGUUCACAUUGUGAAUUUCUGACAUGUGGAGAAGAUGGUGUGGUUUUUCAUGCUGAUCUGAGGGAGGAAAAAGCACGGAAGUAAGAUCAAAUAAUUUAUAUUAAUUAUGGUUUUAUAUGCUCCCGAAUUUCUUUGAGUCCUUUUUUUGCAAGAAAUAUAAAGCCAUGGUAUGAUUAAGCCAUAUUUUGAGCAAAACCAUGACCUGUAGAUUUCAUUGUAAGAUAGACUUUUAUAACUCUAUAUACCACAUGAGGCUUACAUGUUAUAUGCUUGUCUUAAUGAAGUUUUGGCAUUUUUUUUCCAGUCACAGACUGUUGUGUUUAGGCAGUAAAAAUGUGCCUAUCUUGGAGUAAACCAUACUACGUGCACCAGCACUCUGCUAUGUCUCUCACUCAUGUAAAUCACUCUCUGAUCAUAAAAGUUAGUUUAUCUAUUUUGACCUUUUGCCUCAUAGGCUUUUUUGCUGUCGAGUUGAGGAACACAGAAGAGUACCGCUGUAUACAAUCUUUAUCAAUCCUCUAAAUAUCUAUGAGUUUGCAGUAGGUGGAAGAGACCAGUUUGCAAGGUGAUGAAAUAUUACCUAAGUUUUAAUCUUUCUCAGCAAUAAUAUUGUACUGUAUUUUCUUAAUUUUUUUUUGUUGUGGCUAAAACUUCAUGAGGGUUAAAUCUACAGCACAUACAUCUAAGAAGGAAAUGCGUUAUUAACCAUAGUAUUGUACUGUGUGACUCCUCCAUGGUAACAAGAGCAAUCCAUCAUUAUAAAGCUCAAGGGAAUCGUGAAUAAAAAAUGUAUUGACAAGUUAUAUUCCUAUGCUGUUGAAGGAACUUGUCUUACUCUUAGCUCAAUUCUGAAGAAGUAAUGCAUAUACGGGUAAAUAAAUUUGUGGGCACAAAUUAAUUUUCCAAUAUUUUUUCUUUAAUAACUGUUUGCAGAAUAUAUGACAGAAGAAAACUCCCAGAGGUAUGAGAAUAUUUGUUACACUUGGUUUAUCCACUAAGUUUAGUGUAUGCAUGGCAUAAGACGCAAAUAAUAAAUUUUUGUUCACCCUUUAAGUCCCAAUAUCCACAUACAAAUUCUCCAAACUGGUCUCCAUACAUUUCCUUGAAGAAUUAUGUGAGAGAAUUUGGUAAAAGAUUAAAUAUUUUUCUCUUUGUGAUCAUUUUGUUAAUUCUCAUAGACUUUGCUCAUGAUAGUCUAUGGAAAUCGUUAGGAGAAAAUUGAUCUUGAGCACUAUUGGGAGUUAAAGGGUUAAUGCUUGAUAUAAAUUUGAAAUUCCCUCUUUGUUUCACAGGCAAAUGUGGAACAAUUCUGAAAGAGAAUCUUCAUCAAAAUGAUUAUACAGUCUAACCCUGCAUUACGGGCACCCACUUCAAUAUGGACACCUUGUCACUAUGGGCAGUUGUCUUUGUCCCUGGGGAAAACCCUUACAUUUUCUGUAAAUUUAACUCACUUAAUAUGGACACCCAUUAAUGCAGACAACAGACACUUGUUUCUUGCCCAAUCAACAGAAUCUCCUAGAAAGUCAACAUCAGUAAUGCGGACACCCGUCAACUGUUUGCUGAAAUAGACCUUUCCUUUUUGAAAGUAAACAAAAAACCUUCAGUUGACAGCAUCUCAUUGUUCCCAGCGCUACACUAAGCCAGAUAGGAUGAUUUGUAGAUGUCAAUUUCCAAAUAUUUUGGCAUCAAACCAGCUAUGUAGAGAAGACACAGUUUUGAUUAAGUUAUGAAUGGGUUAUUCCAGAAAAAAUCCACACCCCCCCGACGGAUGGGGUCCUUUUUUAACCCCCCCUCUCACCUGGAUUUCCUGAAGCACAAGACCCCCCCUCCCAACUGGAUUUCCAAGGUGGAAGACCCCCGCUCCCGCCUGGAUUUCCGGGAAAAAAUAAAAGGCUUAAAUUUAAUUUAUUUUUAAUGGAAAAUACACGCAAACACGUCGAAAUGUUUUUGUUUUAAUUUCUAAAGCUUCUGCUUAUAUUAAGAGACUGAUUUUUAUAGUAACACUAUUUUAUACAUGUUUGUUGCACCAUAUAUUUGCAAAUAAACUCGUUCUUGUCGUUAAAUGUUCACUUUUUUUCUGGUAAAGGUAAAUAUGAAAUAAAUUGUGGCUGUAAGUAAUAAGCAUCUGUUAAAGCAGAAGCUAGUACGGCAGCAGAGGUCUCGGAGGGGUCAAAUACACAAACCUGAGGGAAAUUAUUUAGCCAGAAAAACAAACCUUGCAACAAAGACACUGGAAUUUGACGUUUUUCUUUCAAGGACUUUUUAAAUAUUUGAAAAAGAGGCAAACUAGGCUGAUAAUUUAAAAAGUAAACCUUAAAAAAUACAAAGUGCGAAUGCGUGAACAUGAAUCAGUUGUUUUUUUUAUUUUUAUUUACACCAAACAACCGAGAUUUCAAAGUUAUACACUGUGGCGCGCAGGCUCUGGGUACGAGUAGAAAUGUGUCAGGCGUUUCACGCUCUUCGCGCGCGGGCUCUGGGUAUGAGUAGAAAUGUGUCAGACGUUUGACGCUCUUCGUGACAACAACGUUGCGACGAGUUCCUUCAGGCCCGUUCUUUAGUAUCUUGUUCGCGUUUUCUGCUAUAAAAGGACCUGUAAAGCAACUUAGAUUAUCAUUUAUGUCAGGUGAGAAAUAUAUGAACAAAACAUUUUGACUAUUUUCAGGGUCUGAAAGCGCUUAAGUGUCAUCGAACUAAACGUUUGAUUUGUAUCAACUAUCGGUCGAAAUGACCCCUGCAGAAGACUUUUUUAAGGUCAACCCCCCCUCCCGCCUGGAUUUCCGGAGUCUUCGACCCCCCCUCCCGCGAGAAUUUCCAGAAUCCCAUCCGUCGGGGGGGUGUGGAUUUUUUCUGGAACAACCCAAUUAAUAAAAUGAUCAACAAUGAGAACAUCUGUUGAUCUUUUAUCAAAUUCUCUCAACACAUUCUUUAUGGAAAUGUAUAGAGAUCAGUUUGGAGAAUUUGUAUGUGGAUAUUGGGGCUUAAAGGGUUAAGUGGGUCAUGUGAUUAAAGCCAAAAAUCACCUUUAAUUAGAACAAAAAAUCUAAAGAAAUAAAAGAGGACAUAACCAUUGUCAAAUUAAAUACCUCUAACCUUCACAAAGCCAUCAUUUGGUGGACUAAAUGCAUGAAAAACUCAAAAAUCACUUAUCUAUUGGGUUGUUCCAGAAAAAAUCCACACCCCCCCGACGGAUGGGAUUCUGGAAAUUCUCGCGAGAGGGGGGGUCGAAGACUCCGGAAAUCCAGGCGGGAGGGGGGGUUGACCUUAAAAAAGUCUUCUGCAGGGGUCAUUUCGACCGAUAGUUGAUACAAAUCAAACGUUUAGUUCGAUGACACUUAAGCGCUUUCAGACCCUGAAAAUAGUCAAAAUGUUUUGUUCAUAUAUUUCUCACCUGACAUAAAUGAUAAUCUAAGUUGCUUUACAGGUCCUUUUAUAGCAGAAAACGCGAACAAGAUACUAAAGAACGGGCCUGAAGGAACUCGUCGCAACGUUGUUGUCACGAAGAGCGUCAAACGCCUGACACAUUUCUACUCGUACCCAGAGCCCGCGCGCGAAGAGCGUGAAACGCCUGACACAUUUCUACUCGUACCCAGAGCCUGCGCGCCACAGUGUAUAACUUUGAAAUCUCGGUUGUUUGGUGUAAAUAAAAAUAAAAAAAACAACUGAUUCACGUUCACGCAUUCGCACUUUGUAUUUUUUAAGGUUUACUUUUUAAAUUAUCAGCCUAGUUUGCCUCUUUUUCAAAUAUUUAAAAAGUCCUUGAAAGAAAAACGUCAAAUUCCAGUGUCUUUGUUGCAAGGCUUGUUUUUCUGGCUAAAUAAUUUCCCUCAGGUUUGUGUAUUUGACCCCUCCGAGACCUCUGCUGCCGUACUAGCUUCUGCUUUAACAGAUGCUUAUUACUUACAGCCACAAUUUAUUUCAUAUUUACCUUUACCAGAAAAAAAGUGAACAUUUAACGACAAGAACGAGUUUAUUUGCAAAUAUAUGGUGCAACAAACAUGUAUAAAAUAGUGUUACUAUAAAAAUCAGUCUCUUAAUAUAAGCAGAAGCUUUAGAAAUUAAAACAAAAACAUUUAGACGUGUUUGCGUGUAUUUUCCAUUAAAAAUAAAUUAAAUUUAAGCCUUUUAUUUUUUUCCCGGAAAUCCAGGCGGGAGGGGGGAUCUUCCACCUUGGAAAUCCAGUUGGGAGGGGGAGUCUUGUGCUUCGGGAAAUCCAGGUGAGAGGGGGGGUUAAAAAAGGACCCCAUCCGUCGGGGGGGUGUGGAUUUUUUCUGGAAUAACCCAUUCUCAUAACCUAGUCUCUUGACAAAUUAUAGAUAUCGUUAGGAGAAAAUUGAUGUUGGUCACCAUUGGCACUUAAAGGGUUAAUACAGACACUGUCUUAUCUAUGGCCCCUUCACUGUCCAUAUUAAUGGGAUUUGUCUCUAGUUUGUUGUGAGUCACCUUUGGCUCUUAUUCAUAUACCCCUCCAAUUUAACUCUAUUUCAGUCUUUUAUUGUCAGAUUAGAUUGUCUGGAGAAAGAUAAUGCAGUUCUAACAUGUAGGCUUCUUAGGCUUUUUUAAGAAUUUAAAUUGUUUACACUGAAUGCAUCGAUGUUGUUUGUAACAGGACAACAAGGCUGAUGUUUCACCAGUGAAAAAGUACUGUCCUCAUCACUUGGUAUGUGUUUUAUAAAAGAAAUAAUUUUGUCUCUUUCUGUUUCAGUGUGCAUUUCACUGUUGCUUGUUGUCCAUAUUUUUUAUGCUGUUAGCCCAGUUUAACUCAUUCUAUUAACCACCUGUUUGGGAAGGGAGUUGUGUCCCCCUUCCCCCCUCCUCCCUCUUCCCACUCCCCACCCACCCCCUGUCCUAUGCAUUUGAUGGGUAUAAUUCUCCCCUUUUUGGGGUAGUUUUCUCUUCUGGUGCACUUGUGGCUUGUGGACUUUUCUCUUGAUAAAUAUUCUUUAUUAUAUUUUUCAUUCAAUUUUAAACAUUUUUGUUUAGAUGGAGAGCAAUGACAUCUUUGCAAACAUCACUUGCUUAGUUUAUUCUUACGAUGGGACAGGUAACUUAAUGUUCAAUAAUAUUGCCUAUGUUACAGGUCAAGUUUGAUUUCAGGUUAAUUUUGAUUUAACCUUGGUUGAUUCUCAAUUUCCUUUAUCUCCUAGCCCUAACUCAUGAAUAAUUAGGGCUGCGAGACAAAGCAAGUUGAGAAUUAACUUAUAGGUUAAAAAAACUUUAACCUGAAUUCAAUUUUAACCUUUAGCACCUACAUUUUUGUGAAAGCUGCCAACAAAGGCGCCUUUGAUGAGUUUAAGCUGUUAAAAUAUUACUUUAAAAGAGUUUUAAUAUGUCGCUGAUGUUGGAGAGAUACAAAUCAACAGGUCACAAAAUUUUACAAGUACUCAUUUCUUGACAGAGCUCCUGGUCAGCUAUAAUGAUGAAAACAUCUAUUUGUUUGAUUCAUACUCAAGGUAGGUAACCCUAUGUCACCUAGUAGAUUCUUGUUUCUUUGAUGCAAAUAUUAAUUUAAAGCACUCAAACUUUGGGGAGAAAUAUUGUUAAAUGUCAAUGUGAUAUACCAUUGGAGAUCACACAUGCAUUCCUAGAUAUCAUUAAAUAUUUUUUUCUUGAAUUGAUUAAGCUUAAGUAUAGUUAACACUCUUUUUUAUAAAUGCCUCAGUCUUUGAAUAUACUCACUCAUUAUUUUACAAACAGUCUCAGAAAAUACAUGUUUCAAAGAUGCCAGACUCCUCAAAUAUGAUAUCUGCCUUGGUUUAUCCUCUAUACAUCUUCACCCUGGGUCAGGUGUCAGGUGUAUUCCAUCAGUACAAAAUGCAGACUGCAGACUCUUGCAGACCAUUGUUUUCACCAUGGAAAUGAGAACAAGACAACAAUGGUCCCAUUGCUUUCUAACCCUGAAAACAAUGGUCUGCAGUCAGUCUGCAGUCUCCAUUUUGUACUGUCGAGUCUCAUAUUAUUUUAACGAUAACUAGGACAAAAGUUUUUCUGAGUGUUAAACACUUGUCUGGUAAAUAGAGUUCUGUCAUCCAUCAUGUCUUGAAAUCUAUCUAAAUUAAGACAAAUGUUUCUUUUGACUUUUCUCUUUACUAGCUCGGAAGCAGAGUUCAUUAAAACUUACAAAGGUCACAGGAACAAUGCCACAGGUAUACCUUUGUGAUUUAUUUUUACCUGUAAAACUGUUCUUUGUAAACUGUAAAACCCAGAAAAUUCCCCCAUAGACCAUAGCUCUCCUGUAAAGUGAUUUUCUAUCGCACAGGCUACUCCCCUCCUCUCCCCUAGAAAGUUUUUAUACCAAAAUCUUUCCGCCAAGAAAAAUCCCACAGUUUGGCCAAAUUUUUUAUCCCUAAAUCCCUAAAUAAAAAUUUUAAGUCAAAAUAGUUAUUCGUGCCUGCCUGUUACUAAAGGAACAAUCAAUUUAUAGGGUUAUAUGGGUUUAAACUAGCAUGCUGGCAAUAUUAAUUUUAUCUUCCAACUAGAGAGGUAAAUAAUUGGAUUAUUAGAUGUUCAAGUUGUUUUAGUAAUAAGCUGUUGUCAUUUCCAGUCAAGGGUGUCAACUUUUAUGGUCCUCAAAGUGAGUUUAUAGUCAGUGGAAGUGACUGUGGCCAUAUCUUCCUUUGGGACAAACAGACUCAAGACGUUGUACAGUUUCUCGAAGGAGACUCCACAGGGGUGGUAAGUAUCCUACCAUGAAGCUGGGGAUAAACAUCAGGUUACACUGCAAAAAAGUUGUUCACCCUCUAAUCUCUGUGUGUUCAAGAUUGAAUUAGAAUUUAGAAAUGUUGGUCUUUAAGGAGGGGGUAAAAACCAGAGAACCCAGAAAAAAACCUCACAGUUGGAAAGGGGGGUGGGGUGAGGCAUUGACACUGGGAUUUAAACUUGUGCCACUUUGGUGGGAGGCGAGUGCUGUUGCCUCUGCACUAUAAUGCCCUUGCACCCUUUAUACAUUGAUAGAUCACAUUAACAGCAAUUGCCAAAUUCAGGUUAACAAUAUUACUCAAAUUAGAAAAUGGGCUGGUAAAAACUGUGCCAAAUAAUAUGAACCUGAUAUGAAACAAUUUAUUUUUGUGUAGAGAUAAUAAAUAGUAAAUGAAAAGUAAAGAGAAAACUUUGUCAUGAGGUACAGAUUGCUGUUUUCCAUAAAUCUAGGCCUCUUGGAUAACUGUAAAAAAUUGUUUUUUUUCCUAGGUGAACUGCUUAGAGCCCCACCCAAAUGCACCCAUCCUGGCUACAAGUGGUCUUGAUCAUGACAUCAAGCUUUGGGUUCCAACUGCAAAAGAGCCAACAUCUUUAGAUGGACUCAAAAAUGUGAGUGCAGUAGCUUUUAUCAGCACAUGCAAACCUCUUAAAUAGUAUUUGUAUUAUACAUAUAUUUUAUGUAUUUUGGUGGAGGUAUAGCCUGCAAAAGCAGACUUAUUUCCAUUCUUCGCCUCUCUCCAUCAAAACAGUUACUUUUCUCAUGGAGAGAGGCCAUGACGCGAAAUACAUCUGCAUUUGUAGGCUAGUCAAGGUAUGACACUGGAGGUCUAAGUCCGUUUACCUACACUACCCUGUCCAGUUACUUAAAUGCCCUCUGGUCCAGGGUUAGAAAAUUCAUUGACAACUGGGUCUGGUAAUGUUGUUGUUUUUCUGGGGUUAUUAUCUUGAUGUCAGAGCAAAUAACUGGCUGAUUUCUCUCACAUAACGAUUUUCGCAGAGAUCUCUCUUCAAAUGGCUGGUUUGUCAUUGCAGGUGAUUAAAGAGAAUGAUCGUGAUCGAGAAGACGAACGGCUUCGUCCUCAUGACCCGAUCAGUGAACACCUCCUGUGGCUUAUGAUGCAUCACAUUAGAAGAAGACAGGUAUCACUAUCAUACCGGCUAAAUCCACUUGCUUUCCCCUCCCCACUCCCUCCCCCUCCUCCCUUGAGUCUAUGGAUAAAAUCCUAAAGUGUGACCAUUCAAAUGAAAGCUACUGAGCAGUACUUUCCUGUGUUAUUACUUGCCCAUCCUCAUUUGUAAGCUGUUAGAAGUAACCCACUUGUUCUUAAACUUCCCUUUAGUCAAGAGAAGAAAAUGACGAGCGAGACAGUGAUAGUGACGACAUUACAGAUGAUGAUGACGAUGAAGAUGGCGAAUUGGGAAACAGAGUUCAAUGUAGUCCAUCAUAAAUGUAUGCCUAAUAACAUUAAACUUACCACGAUACCUGGGUAUCCUACACCCCUUGUAAAAGAAGUUUCUGCUGGGUGUAAGUAACAGUAACCUUAUACAGAAAAGUCUUAAAUAGUAUUUAUAAGCAUUUGGGUUUAGAUAUUUGAAAGUAUGUUUUGAAAAUAUAUGUUGGUGAAAUUAGGUUUUUGUUAUAUUCUGUUAAUGAAGGUCAUUAAAUUUUCCACUUGCAGGCACAGACUUUGUGAGAUGUUAAAAUUAAAUUUCUCUCUUUAUUCUUAAGAUCAGUGGACUUUGUAAAUAAGCCUUAUUUUGUUUUACAUGUUGUUGUGUACAGAAGACAGAAAAAAACUUUUGAUAAGACUCUUGAGUAAACUUCAACAUUUGAACCACACUUUGACCUUUUCUGGGUGGGAAACGAUAAAAUGAAAAAAGGUUUCUGGCUAUUUGGUAAUCGUUAGUCAUCAGCUUGACCAGUCUGUUUUGUUCUAGAUGCUAAGGUUCACUCGAACUCUCUGGCCAACCUGAUUAUUCUAAUAGACUUUUCAGAACAGUUCUUAUUAGAAAUAUCCAUGUUAUUUGUGAAUUUCACCAGUAACAUACAACUUGCUAGUGUUGGUCCCUACCAUUUUUUAGUCAUUUUCUGUGACUGUUUGUAAAGUGGACAUAGUUGUGCGGAGACAUCUCUCAGAUCCCGGUACUUAGUGCUGGUCCCAGGCCCCAAAAGUCACCUUCUCAGAGCAAGUUGACUGUACAACUUUGUCGCUACAGUCUCACUCUAGCUUGCGAAGAGAGAAGCAAUGACUGGAAAUACGUCUGUGUUUGCAGGCUAGUCUCACUCCUGGGUUGAUGCCCUUUCAGCCUGUCACGUAAUGAUCGUCCUAAACAUUGUGGAAGAAUGCAUGACAAUGCAAAAAGAACAAUCUGCAAAGGAGAGAAUGUCUUGUAUGUUGUGUUUAUGUUACAGGUCAAAAUUAAAUAAUCCUGAGACAUGAAUGGUCUUAGUCUGCUUCACAGCUGUUCUUUGUGUUGUCAUGCAAUGCUUCUGUCUUGUGAUGACACAAAAAACAGCUGUUUGGACCAGGCUCCGCAUUGGGGAAAAAGGAAAAAAAAUCCUAUUUCAACCUGUUUUUUGCCUUUUCCCCCACUGCCGAGCCUGGUCCCAGGCUAGAAUGGUAUCAAAUAAGUCAAAUCUUCCGGUUGGUUUAUGCAUCUUUAAGUUUGGUAAAUAGUAAAUUGGCUUUCAGAUAAUUUUAUAAAGAAUCUUCAUGAACGUUUUUUGUUAAACUUAGCAGGUUAUCAUGUGACUCAACUUAGGACUGACUUUGAAGAACUUUGCAUAAGAUUAACUGUUGA